AUGACUACAGCAACAGUAACAUAUCAUGAGUUGCCACCCCUUACAAGCUGGCUAUCCGAUUCUCAACAACUGCAACAACAGGAACAGCAGCAGCAAACCCAUAAUUCACCUUCUUCAACCUCAGCUCCAAUUACGGCAUUUGUAGCAGCGGUACCAUCAGGAAUCGAACAACAGAAUCAGCAAUCGUCGCAAGUCCUCACUGAACAGCGACAUCCACAACAGCAUUCACUGCUGACAUCACAAGAAAUUUUCUGUGCUCAGUCGCUGAAUCAUUAUCGUACAGAUGUUGAAAUAGAUGACAAUUUCUGGGCGGCUACAUCCUUCCUGUCAACGCCACCACCAACUGCUGCAGCGGUUCAGCGAUUUCAUCAGAUUCAUUCCGUGGCCCAUGGAAGUACUCACUGUACUACAGUUGCUUUGCCAAUAUCAGGAACACAACAGCAACAACGACAGCAAUCUAAUGGCGACAGUGAGUAUAGAAGUAAGAAAAGGUCGAAUAAUAUUGGUUGUCAAGCAGUCCGCUCUCCAUCUUUGCCUUCCUCAAGUGGUAUGGUUAUGCAUAAUGUUACCGAAGAGCUUUGUUUAGUUUGCGGUGAUAAAGCAUCUGGUUAUCAUUACAAUGCUCUCACAUGCGAAGGAUGCAAAGGAUUUUUUCGACGUUCUGUCACUCGGAAAGCAAUUUAUCAUUGUAAAUACGGCGAAUCAUGCGAUAUUGAUAUGUAUAUGCGGCGGAAAUGUCAACAUUGUCGUUUAAAAAAAUGUAUGGAAAUCGGGAUGAGACCCGAACUUGUGAUUCCGGAGGAUCAAUGCCGAAUCAAACGUGAAGCUAAACAGAAAUUACGUACGACAUUAGAACAACAACGUAAAGCAAAUUGUGUCAGUCCACAACAAGCAGUUAGCUCAUCGGAAUCACCAGAUGAUUGUAUAGCACUAUCAGUGGAAACAAGAGAAUUGAUUAAUCGGAUUGUAACAAUUGAUCAACAAUUUGCCACACCAUCCACUGAUAUGCUGAUGAAAGUUUCGGAGCAUAAUGAAGUGGGUAAUUCCUACCAACAGCUUGCUGAAUUGACAAUUCUAAGCUUACAAUUAAUUCACCAAUUCACAAUGCAUUUACCUGGUUUUUGCAAACUUUCCGACGAAGAUAAACGCACCUUACAUAAAACUUGUAAGACUGAAGUACUUGUACUAAGGACAUCACGUUGUUACGACAUGUUUGAUGAAAAAGUAGUUCUCGGAAAUGAAGCAAAGCAGUGGCGAUACGAUCGCGAACAGUAUCGUGAAUUCAUUGGACCCUUGGCUGAUUUAAUGUUCGAUUUUGCGCAUGCUCUGUCCAAAAUGCAAUUACAUCAGGCAGAAUACGUUCUGCUCACUGCGAUCGCCAUUUUUUCUGACAGACCAGGUUUACUUCAACCCAAAUCAGUAGAAGAUAUUCAGGAAGUUUAUACUUCCGCAUUACAGUCAUACGUUGAUGCCCUAAGACCUAAACAACGGAAUAUUUUUUCUCGUUUGUUGAUGAAACUUACGGAUCUUCGAAGCCUUACCUCUGAACAGAGUGAAAUAAUCACGGGAAUCAGCUCAACGAGUAUUGCCAUUAAGCCAUCGUCAUCACAACAGUCAUGUGAUGUGAAAUUUACGACUACAAAGUCACAACUUCAGCACCGUCAACAUCACCAACAGCAACAACAACAACAGCAACAACAACCGCUGUAUCCUUUAUAUACGCCGACACAUUAUCAAUCGUCAACCUCAACCGGCUAUCCAUAG